UAAGGACACUUUAGUCAAUUAAAUCGUCCAAUCCAGAAACUCUAUGCAUACAAAGCAACGACUUGUAUCCUAGAAUCCCCGAAUCAGAGAGAAAACAACAAAAAUGGUUUGCGAGAAGUGUGAAAAGAAGUUAGCUAAAGUGAUCGUUCCUGAUAAGUGGAAGGAAGGAGCUAGCAACACCACCGAAGGCGGUGGCCGGAAAAUCAACGAGAAUAAACUCCUCUCUAAGAAAAAAAGAUGGAGUCCUUAUGGAAAUACCAAGUGCAUCAUUUGCAAGCAGCAAGUACACCAAGAUGCCAAGUACUGUCACACAUGUGCUUAUUCAAAAGGAGUUUGUGCUAUGUGCGGUAAGCAAGUACUUGAUACCAAGCUAUAUAAACAAAGCAAUGUAUAGCUCAACCCAGAUGCUAUCUGGUACUUCUGGUCUCGUGACUGCUUCUCAGCUCACUCGCCUCGAUUAUCAAGCUUGCUAAUGUGUAAUUGGAGCUGUAAAAAUCACUGACAGGCAUGUAAUACACUAGAAUGCUUGGUUAAUUUCUUUAUUGCUGAUCAACAAAAUGUGUUAGAUA